UCUUAAAGCCCCCUUCUAUACAGUCACUGGUGCUCUCUAACUUGUCUGGAAUUUUGGAAUGCCAAAUAGUUUCUCCUCCAGAGCUUGUACACAUUACUAAUGCUUGGACACCCUUGAAUUACAAACCAUCCAGCAACCCCGACCUAAUGAGAUGAGGCUCUCCAGUGUUAUUUCAUUCAUCUUUUUGGUGCACUGCCUGAGCGCUUUACAACAAGCGUAUGGCAAAAGUGACAAAACAGCCAGCAAGAGGGGAGAGACACAAGCCUUUCUGCGAGCAGGGCAAUUUUCCACCAAACACAAGCAUGAAUGCUCUUGGAAAAUUGUUGGAGAUGCCACUGUAAGCUUCACAGUAAACUGUAACGUGCCGGGUGACAGCAGCUACAAUUGCACGUAUGAAGGAGAGCCACAGAAAUGCCCUCUCUAUACCACAAAGGCCAAAAACUACUGGAGACAGAUCCUUGGUAAAUUUAGGAAAAUGAAAAAUAUGUGUGAGGACAGGACAUUGAAGUCACGUCUGUGUAAAAAAACAGAAGCUGUUGAGUCCCAACUUCUGAAAGUUGAUGGAGAAGUUGUGGCCGACAAAUCCAAAGGGAAGAGUCGCAUUAAAGAACCUGGAAAGGAGCCAGAAGGAAGAGCAAGAAAUCCAGAAGGGAACAAAAAUGUGGAUGACGAGAAAAAAUCGGGAUCCAAAAAGAAGAGGCUAGAGACUAAAUUCAACCUAAAGCCAUAUCCUUCUCCUUCACCAUCUGGACUUGAACUCACCACGGCCCGGGAAGUUAAUGAUGAUAUUGUAGAGCUGAAUGAAAAUCUGGCAGAAACCUACUGUGCUGAAAAGUGGCAUUCAGUGUGUUCUUUCUUUGUUAAUUUCUGGAAUGGCUAAAUCAAAGCUCUCUGUGUGGUAGAAAUGUUAGAGUAGAGCUAUUUAAUACAAUGCUCUAACACAAGAAUUCCUGCCUAAGUCCUUUGGACUGCGUGAUAACUAACACCACUGACAAAUCCCCCAAUACUAAAAAAAACAAGUGUAGACUUGUCUGCGUUCACAAUAAGAUCCCAGAAUAUUUUGUGUAGAGUGUUUUACACUUGGACUUGGCAUUAAUAAACCAUAAAUUUGAACACAUUUUAACUAUUUCCAUUAUUAUCUGAUGAGUACAGUGAAUA